AUCACUCGCAUCCUUAGAGCAUCAGCACGCUACAGCACAUUCUGUACAUCCAAAAGACUCCUACUCCAUCCUGAUACAGCAGGCUUGAAGCUUUGAGAUUAUAGUAAUGGAGAGCUUGCUGGAUAACCCAAUGAAAGCCGUGCUUUAUCUCAAAGAGCUGACCACUAUUGUACAAAACCAGCAGAGUCUGAUUCAAACCCAGCGGCAGCGCAUCGACGAGCUGGAGAGGAAGGUUGAGGAUCUGAUCGGCGAGAACCGUCAGCUGAGAGAUCCGCAUCAGUAUCACCACCAUCAUCCGCACCACCAUCACCACCCAUCCCCGCGAACCAGCAGCCCUCAGCCGGCCGCUCACCCGCACCAGCAUCCGGCGACUCACGGUCAAAGCCAGCCGCCGCAGCAGCCGUCCAAACAGCCGCAGAAUCCUCCGGCGGCUCCCAUCCAUCACCCGCAGCAUCUGCAGCUCGUCCCCACGUCCCCACCGACUCUCAAAGCGAGCCAGUCCAGCCCGGAGUCCGCGGAGGACGAGAAGAGGAGCCCGUCUUGCAAGUCUCUGGUUCCGCAGACUCCUUCGACAUUGUGCCGGUCCGUUGGACUCGCCAGGAAACCGGAGAACCAGACGGUUCUACACCAGUUCUGCUGUCCUGCUCCAGAUGCCCCUGAGUCUGACUCUCAGGCUUGUGUACCCAGUGAAGAGCCACCUCCUACUUCUUCCAUUACAACACCAUCACCUGCUGCAUCUCCAUCCCCUGGGGUUACUUCCACCAGUGCCACCCAGCCCGAGGUCCAGGUGGCAUCUCAGGUUGCAGGGAACAAUGUGACAUCUGUCGAUUCAGGAGGGGGAGAUGGGGAUCGAGAUGAAGGUGAAGUGCAAGAGAGAGAGAGAGCAGAAGUGGAGGAGGAAGAAGUGAGGGUACAAGAGAUUAAACAAGAGGAAGAGAAACCUGAGGCUCAGCCACCAAAACCAGUGCAGGAAGAGGUGAAGAAGGAGACAGAGGAGCAGGAAAAGGAAACAGCAAGUACGGGAGGCACAGGAAGGAGGCCAAGCUUGCAUCACACUGCUUCGCCAAUCAGAGUACAGAGGAAUGGAGCAUGCAGCCACUCCACCACCUCCGACUAUGAACUCUCGCUCGACCUCAAAAACAAACAGAUCGAAAUGUUAGAGCACAAAUAUGGGGGCCACCUCAUCUCACGCCGUGCUGCUUGCAAGAUCCAGAUGGCUUUUCGCCAGUAUCAGCUCAGCAAAAACUUUGAGAAGAUCCGAAACUCCCUCCUUGAAAGUCGUUUGCCACGCCGUAUCUCCCUGCGAAAAGUGCGGGUGCAAAAUACAGAGGGUAUCUCAGCUGAACGGGCACUGGCUGAAGGCUGCAAUCUGGCAAGUAUCCCCCUUGUCCGGUCCCCAUCCUUGCCCACCACGGUAGGUGGCUGCCUCACCGACCUCGAAGAUUCCUUCAAUGAGCAAGUCCAGUCUCUUGCCAAAUCCAUUGAUGAUGCACUUAGCAACUGGAGCAUGAAGACCAUGUGUUCACUCCAAGAAGGUGGCACCUACCAGUUUAGCUCAGAGGCCUUUAGUACAGCUGCUGCCAAAUCUGGGUUGGCAGGAACAGUCCGAGAAGGUGGCCCCAUGGACCCUGCCACGUUCCACAGCGGAACAGGCCAAGUAGACAAUUCUGAGAACAUGCCCCGGAGUGCCAGCAAGCUGAUGAUGGCCUUCCGGGAUGUGACAGUUCAAAUUGACAGCAAGAACUUCCAUGUGUCCACCUCUGUUUCUCUCGGUAAUUGUGUCCAGCAGGGGGCCAUAAUUACUGAGAGCCCACAGCAGCCUCUGGUCAGUGAUGCAAAGGAACAACCUCAACAAGGACAACCACCACCAUUUCCACAGGAUCCAGCUCCUCCACCCCUAGAGCAGGAUGCUGAGGAAAUACCAGAUGGCGAUUUCCCAGAUCCUCCACCAAGUGAAGAGGAGCUUGGGGAGGAUCUUCCACCUCUGGUCUUGGAGAAACAGGAAGUUCCAGAACCAGCAAUUCCAGUAGAAACAGCAAUAACCUCUGAAACCUUGCCUCCACCCGAGGUUGCAGAGACGCCAGUCACCCCAAUUGUAGAGGUUUUGGAAGCUAAGCGAAUUGAGUCAGACACAGCGGACAACAGCUCAGAGCAGAUGAGUAGCAGCAGUACAUCCACAUCAGCUCAAUCGGCUUCUGAGGUCUCGUCCAAAGAGGCUUUACAGGCCAUGAUUCUUAGCUUGCCCCGAUACCACUGCGAAAACCCAACCAGUUGCAAAUCUCCUACCCUCUCCACUGACGUCAUGCGAAAACGCCUAUAUCGUAUUGGCCUCAACCUCUUCAACAUAAAUCCAGACAAAGGCCUCCAGUUUCUCAUCUCCCGUGGGUUCAUUCCGGAUACGCCUAUAGGUGUGGCGCACUUCCUGCUCCAGAGGAAGGGGCUGAGCCGACAGAUGAUUGGCGAGUUUCUUGGCAGCAGCAAGAAGCCGUUUAACAGAGAUGUGUUAGACUGUGUGGUGGAUGAGAUGGAUUUCUCUGGGAUGGAGUUAGAUGAGGCUCUGAGGAAGUUUCAGGCUCAUAUCCGUGUGCAAGGCGAAGCACAGAAAGUGGAGAGACUGAUAGAGGCAUUCAGCCAGCGUUACUGUAUGUGCAACCCAGAUGUGGUGCAGCAGUUCCACAAUCCUGACACGAUCUUCAUCCUCGCAUUUGCCAUCAUCCUCCUCAACACGGACAUGUACAGUCCCAACAUCAAACCCGAUCGUAAGAUGAUGCUGGAAGACUUCAUCCGCAACCUUAGAGAUGUGUGUUUUUAUUUAGGGGUUGAUGAUGGUGCAGAUAUUCCACGAGACAUGGUAGUGGGAAUAUAUGAGCGUAUUCAGCUGAGGGAACUACGAUCGAAUGAAGACCAUGUCACUUAUGUCACCAAGGUGGAGCAAAGCAUUGUGGGAAUGAAAUCGGUUCUGUCAGUACCUCACAGGAGACUGGUGUGCUGCAGUCGGCUGUUUGAAGUGACUGACAUCAAUAAAGCCCAGAAGCAAGCUGCUCACCAGAGAGAGGUCUUCCUCUUCAAUGACCUACUUGUGAUUUUGAAAUUGUGCCCAAAGAAGAAGAGUUCAGCUGCAUACACGUUUUGCAAGGCCAUGGGGCUGCUGGGCAUGCAGUUCCACCUGUUUGAAAACGAAUACUAUCCUCAUGCCAUCACUAUUGUGUCUCCAUGUUCGGGCUCUGAUAAGAAGCAGGUGUUGAAUUUCUGUGCUCAGAGCGCAGAGGAGCUGCUCAAGUUCGUAGAGGACCUGAAGGAGUCCAUCGCUGAGGUGUCAGAGAUGGAACAGAUACGUAUUGAAUGGGAGUUGGAGAAACAACAGGGAGCCAAAACCCACUCCAUCAAGAACAACGGGACUCAGCUUGAGUUGAAGGGAAGACAAGGUUCUCCUUCAGGGAAACAGGAAAUGAGCGCAUCACAGAGUGGACACAAUGCAGUAGAGGUGUCAAUUCACAACAGGCUUCAGACGUACCAGCUCAACGCGGCACCGAAGAGCCCUGAGGGCACCGCCCUUCUCAACCGCCAGAGGGAGCUCUUCCAGCAGCCUCCAUUGCAAUGCGCCAGCCCUACACCCUCACACUCCUACCAGCCUGUGGCCCUGGCCGAGAUACGACCCGACACACUUAUCCAGUGCCAGCAAAUCGUCAAGGUCAUCGUUUUGGACAAAGGCGGUCACGGAUGCAUGGAAGCGUACCUCAGCCAGAGCCCCACUCAUCACCAGCUCAUCCAGUCUGUGGUCUCCACACCAGUUCGCGCACCCAAUGGCGGAGGCAACCAGGGGGGAAACAAUGAUAGUUCACAACCUCCCUUGCCUCCACCUCCACCACCAUAUAACCACCCACACCAGUAUAUACCCCCUGAUCCCCACCUUGCACUGCAGAGGACCCCAAGUGGAUCUCAUAGCCUGAUGUAGAGUUCAAACUGAUAACUAUAAAACACUCCAGGCGCACUUUUGAGAGUAUUUAUCUACAUAUGUAUAUAUAUAAAAGAAAUAUAAUGAAAAAAUGCUGUCUAUAUGCAUAUAUUUACGGUAAGAGACAUUUCUUGAAUUUGCAGAUAUGUGAAACAACCAAUAAGAAAAUACGAUUUACCUACUUGCUGUGUAUUUUGAAAUGUUAUGUAGUUUUAACAAAUUUCUAUAACAGUUUUCGUCUUUCUGGACACUCUCUGAGGUUAUAUCGUUGAGUACUUGUUCUUGACAGGAUUUCUCUGGUGCAUUUUCUUAUAGACAAAAUGAUCCACGAAAAAAUUUGGCACCCGACAACAUUCGUUUCAAUUCCACCAACACUUGCUUUUGUGUGGGAGCUUGUAUUGCGUGCAAAAUCACCCUUUUUGGCUUUUAUUAUCCUACUGAUGAGUCUAUUUAGUGUGUGUGUGUGUAUGCUUUUGACUGGAAAAUGAUAUACGUGCCAAAAUGAGGACUCCUUCCACUGUGGACUUUUUGCCCUGUUUGAACACUUAGGGCUAGAGCAAACAUUUGUGCUUAUAUCAGCGAUCAUUUAGAUUCCCUCUAGGUACAUAGACAUUAAAAAAAAGAAAAAAAAGAAAACCUUUUAAGCGGUACCAUUAGCCACAAACUGUUUCUUCCCCCACUUCUUAUGUGGCCGAUGUUGUAUUCCUGUGAAAUGUGAAUUACUUCCAAAUCACCUGUCUUUGAAAGCGUCUUUUAUGUCACUAAUUUUAAUGGAUAUACAUAAAUUGAGAAUGUAGAAAGUAUUGAGGCUUUUUCACAUGACUCACGUCAACAUUCCCCAAUGUGUUGGCGCACAGGUCAUAUGUUACAGCAUGACUCUCAGAAUUAAGAUGAUUUAAACUUUGACCUCAUUUGCUCCUGAUCUUUUUAAAUAUAACCAGUGAUUAUCAGAAAAUUUGCAUGACUUAUCUUCAUGUGAGCAGUGCUAAUGCAGAAAUGAAAACAAGAAAGAUGAGAAACAUUGUAUAAGACAACCUCAAAAGGCAUAUCUUGACUUUUUUGGGGGGGAGGGGUAUUUAUCUGCAUGUGCUGUCUCAAUUGUUUUAGUACCUUGGCAUAAACAUUGCCAAAAAAUAGUAUCAAAUCCAUUUUUUAUGCCACAAUGUUACCAGCGGACUUCCACAAUAUGGUAUGCUUCAGCACAUCAUUGCUUUUAAAAAGUGAUUCAGAGGACUAAAUUGACUCCAGUUGACUGAUUAAGAAUAAAUGGCCAGUUAUGACUCCCCUCACCAUGGUUUGAUCAUGAUUAUGGCUAUAUUAUGGCAGCCUUGAUCUCUAAAAAUGUAUAUAGCAUGAACUUUUUAAAAAAGUACUCACAUUCUAUGAAAAGCAUCAAUUGGAUAGCAGUGAAGGAAAUAAUUACAUUAAUUUAGAUGCACAUGGCACUAAAUCAGUUACAGAGAACAUUUAAUCUUGAUUUUGGGUGGUUAGUGAAUGAGACACAUAUUUUUGUGCUGAAAUGUUGCCGUUGUGCUAACUAGGUAGUGAAAUAGCUAAAAUGCCAGCAGUCUGAUGUAGCGGUGCAAAGAUUGGGACUUUUAUCCUGUUUAAAGCUCAAAUAUGUGUUAUCUCCACCAUUGGCUUUAACUAAGUUCACUAUUUACUACUUAGCAACCUCGUAAAUAUUCUUUAGUUUUUCAAGUUCAAAGUUGUUUUAACGCCCUGACAUGAGUCAUGUGAAUGGACCUUUAAUAUGUGGCAACGUAUCAUGGCUCAAUGACAGAAAAAAAGAGCCAGUCACAGCUAGUGAAUGGUUAUUGUUCACACGCUCAGGAAUUUCAGAGAGUACCUGAAAGAAGACUGAGAUCUUGUAAUGCUUGUACUUUAACUUUAUGUAGCAACUUGGAACGUAUAAGGCCUUUGGGAAAAGGCCAUUUGAUCCCAGCAAACAUCUUUGGACACAAUAUGUGUUUGUCUGACUUUCUGUGAAAAGAUGACAGAAUGUUUCAUCACUGUCAUCACAUGACUCAGACAAUGUAACAUGGUCUCAUAGUGUUAUUCCUUCAUCAAUACCCACAACUAUAUAAAACACCCAAGAGACACCCUUCAGCACCAUCAAACUAUAUCUGCUGUUUGACUCCUAAAACUCUUGUCUGAAGCUUUUCGAGAGCCAAGUGACACUUGAAACAUCAAUUGAGAUGCACAUUGUUGGCACAGAACACUUUAACAUGAAUGUCUGUCUGGUUUGGUCUGAUUUUAUCAGCUGAAUGGAGAACUGAUUAAUGGUUUAUUUUUAUAUAGCUUGUAUGUAGCUAUCAUAUAUCAGCAUAUAAAGCAGCAAUGAAUUAGCUCUGAAAAAUGUUAUCUACCCACAAUCCAACCACUUUUAAUAAUGGUUGUCAUCAGCAUACAGUAAUUAAAGUCAACAUGAAACAUAAUUCACCACUUAUUUUGCAUCCAUGGAAUAGUGGAGCCAGACAUAAAUUCUGGUUUACCAGCAAUCCAAGGGACGUGGAGGCCAAAGAUCAUAUUACCCCUCGAGAGCAAAUCUGACAUUGCCUAAAAAGCUAUUUGGCUAUUGCCACUCACAGCCAUGGUAAUAUUACCUGGGAAAAAGAAAAGCCAAUUCAGCGGCACAUAUGCCAGGAAUGUGUAUUAAUUUGAUUUCAUGUUGACUUCAAUCUUUAAACUAGGAUUUAUUGUAACACCAUUGGUGUGUCAUAAGUAGCUGUGUGUCCUAUUUCCUCUGUUUCCUUAUAUGAUUGUUUCAUAAUUAUAUUGCUGCUGUUUGGAGCUCCCAAUCUGA